UUGGAAAGGUCGUAACAAGUCCUUGUUGCAGAACCACUGUAAUUGACUUUAUUAAAAGAGGUAGCUGUGCGUUUUUCAGUACAAGUAGAUAUAGAAUGUAUGAUAAAACCCGCUACAGCCCGGAUUACUACAGGUAUAAGAUGUCAAUAAACAAUAAGAGAAGUUUCCAAAAUCAUUUCAUUCUCGGCCCAAAUAAAAUGAAGCGUUUGAAACGUUUACAGAUGGAGUAUGAAAUUUUGAAAGCUACUGGAGAGCAUGAGGUACCAUAUGAAAUGAAUACUUACUUGUGGAGAGACAUUGUACUAUCACCAUCUAAAGACCAGAGGAUGCUUCUUUAUAAAGAUAUCUUGUCCGAACAGAAAGACUUAUAUGUCAUGGAGAUAAGAAUGUCUGAAAUAGAAGUUGAAAUGUUAUCUUACAUCAAUGCAAUAGAACAGAAUGGAUAUACAGACAAGUCUAUGUUGCUUGUUGAUGACAACUGCGUCAGAAAUAGGCAACAUAUUCAAGAUAUAAGUACAGAUAUGUGUAAUUACAAUUUAAGUCAAGAUCUUGUUAUUGACUUUGGAGUUUCAAAUAGGAAUCUUGAACAAAAUAUGCCUAGGAAAUUAGACGAUUUACGACUUACUUUGGAAAUGAAUAGAAGACAUGUACAGUCUUUUAAAAUCCAUAUUGCAAACUGUGGUCAGGUGGAAAAAUGUGAUGAAGACUCAAAAAUUGUUUUUGAUAACAUAAUGAAAGAUUUUCCACUUGUGUCAUAUCAUGACGGCCAUAUCUUCAAUGAAUUUAAAAAAGACAGACUUGUGUUUUUUACUCCGUGGGUAAAAGAUGAUAUUAAGGAGAUCAAUGAUUGUGUUCCUGUAUUACUUCUGGAGAAUCAAAUGUAUACUAACGAUUAUGAUGCUUAUAAUGCUGUUUUAAACUCGCGUGGUAUUAAUAAAGCCAGACUUCCAGUAAAUCAUUAUGUAAGGUUUUUAGGAGCCCACAAUAACUAUUUUUUCUCAGUGGUAGAAAAUAUUGGAGUGUUACAGGAUAUGAACAUACAUCAUGACUGGCAAAAAGCAACCAUAGACAACAUGUUAUUACCCAGCUAUAAGUAUGAAAUUAAAAAGGAUGAAAUGAAACCUACCGGUACAUACAGAAAGAAUAACAUAGACACUAUUUAUGAUAUAUUAGAAUCAAUACAAAGUAAAAACUGAAUAAAUCCAACCUCAUUAUUAUGACUGACUCCACACUGUUCAAUGGCAGAUUUAACAUUUGUAAUGUUGUAAAAACUUUAACCAUGAGCAUUGUUUUAUUUCUAAUUUAUUCAAUAUUUUGUAACUUACUUUCAGUGUUAGUGGUACUCUAAUUUCAUGCUUCAGCAUCUUAAAGUGAAUUGGUCUACAAUGGGCAAAUUUUCAAUAAGUAUCUCAAAUGUUAAUAAAAACAAUAGAAAUGUAUCAAUUGGAUUAUGCUUAUAAAAUAUUUCUAUUAUAAUAUUGACAGAUGUGCUAAAGGCAUUAUACUCAACAUCACUAAUUUCGUGUCAUCACUUUUUUCACAAUAAUGGCACAUUUCCAUGUAAACAGGGCCCAAAAAUAACCCUACCUUUUCUUGGAGAGCAUUUUUCCCUAACAACACAAUUACACAAUGUAUUGUUUUAGGACUAGUGUUGAGAGAUGGUCAAAAUUGACAUAUUAUAGUUAUACCCCUAAACAACAAAGUUUUUGUGUUAAAAUUUAAAAUCUGUAGAUUUUUACUUGAAAUAGAACUGCAUUUUACUCAUUUCUAUGAUCUACUGACUACAUCUUCACCAUUAAAUAUGGGAAACCAGGUUUUCAACGAAAACUGGUUAUUGUAAUGCCGAAGUUGGAAGGCGGGCUAGCAGGCGUCAACAUUUGAUUUUUGCUCAGUAACUUUAGUUUACUUUGGCCUUUUGACACCAAACUUGGUGUGUUGGUAGCUUAUAGUAAAAGGCAGCAUGGGAUUGCUAGCCCAGGUGUCGGUGAUGAAUGUCAAGGUCACUGUUACUAAAAAUAGAAAUUUAGUUUCCACUCAAACUCGAGUUUGUUUUGGCCUAUUGACACCAAACUUGGUGUAUGGAUAGCUUAUAUCAAGAGGCUACUUCGGAUAACUACCCAGGUGACAAUGAUUAAGGUCAAGGUCACUUAAUUGCUAAAAAUAGAAUUCAAUUUUUGCUCAAUAACUUGAGUUAGUUGUGACCUAUUGACAGCAAAUUUGGUGUGUUGGUAGCUUAUAUCAGGAGGCAACUUGGGAUUGCUACCCAGUGAGAUGUCUUUGAUCAAGGUCAAUGUUGCUUAAAAUAGAAAUUCAAUUUCCCCUCCUUAACUUAGUUUACUUUGGCCUAUUGACACCAAACUUGGUGUAUGGAUAGCUUAUAUCAAGAGGCUACUGGGGAUAACUACCAAGGUGACUAUGAUUAAGGUCAAGGUCACUUGAUUGCUAAAAAUAGAAAUUCAGUUUUUGCUCAAUAACUUGAGUUUGCUUAGACCUAUUGACACCUAAUUUAGUAUGUGGGUAGCUUAUAUCAAGAAGCGACUUGGGAUUGCUACCCAGAUGUCUGUGAACAAGGUCACUGUUGCUUAAAAAAGAAAUUCAGUUUUUACAUUAUAACUUGAGUUUGCUUCACCAAACUUGCUGUGUGGCAGCUUUGGAUUGCCACUUAGAUAUCUGGGAGCACUAGGUCAAGGUCAUUUGCUUACAAUAGAAUAUUCAGCUUCUUAACUCAAUAACUUCAGUGCACUUUUACCUUUUUAUUGCUGUCACAUCAAAACUUGGUCGUUGAAAACCUGGUUUAAUUGUGGUGCAUCUUGUUUUGAUUGAAAUGUUGUAACAUUUCUUCGAGUCAUUCAGUCAGUUACAGCAGAUGACAAUUUUUUAUGCUGAAAGUUCAUUGUUUUCCUUCUUGUUUUGAAGUGUUAUGUACCAUGAACUAAAAGGAGCAAGGUAUACAUGUAUAUGAUAAAUAUCAAUAUUUAUUUUUUGCUAUAUAUGCUAGUAGAUAUGUUUUAUUUGAUCAUGUAUCUCACACUCACAACAUACAUAUAUAAUUCUUUUGUAGUUUGCCACAUAUGAUCCUCAAUACUAUCAACAUUACCAUAGGACCAGUUCACUUUAAUAUGUUCUUAAUAAAAAAAAUUAUUCACUUCUAGCUUACAGAACAUCGGUGGUUCUACUCGGUACCAGUGUUUGUGCCUGAAAUAUGUACAGAGGGGUAUCUGACAUCUUCCUCCACCAGUAAAGCUGGAAAGUCGCCAUAUGACAUAUACUGGGUAGGUGCUAUGUAAAACCCAAACAAAUAAACAAAUAGCCUGAACAUAUUAAGACAUAAUAUGUCAGUCAUAUAAGUUGACACUGACUCUGUGGCCCUUGAGUUUCAUAACUUUGUUGAAAAUGCAGCUUUCUAUACACCUGUUUGAAAAGCAUUUGCUGUCAAAUUUUGUAUAAUCAAUGGAAUUAUUUCUAUUGCUGGACUUAUAGCUGGACUGUUCAGAGCUGGUAUUCUCUAUAAUUAUCUUACAUGAUGGACACACAUCCCAUAACUCCGAGUUACCUGUUCAGAGAGUAAUGCCCCUUAUCUUACUGUUGUGCAGUGUGAAUUGACUUAAGCAUGCUGCGUUCAUAAUCUGAUAAAUUAGGUCUGUUGAACAGGAACACUGGUAUUCUUAGUAAAUGUAUAAGGUAUAAUGAUAAGUUCAUACAAAACUAGCAACAUGUUACAGUAUAUGGAGUGUCAGCGUUUCCAUUAUUUACUAAAUUUCAGAAUGUACAAUUUGUUUUUGAAAAACAAUUCAAACUGUUACCCUUUUAUAUGUAUUUUUAUAGAUUUUAUUAGUCUUUCUUUUCUUUUCAUUUUUUCAUAAGUCCAAAAUGCUAUAAAAUAUUCUAAACCAAUAAAUAGUGACAAUUUCCAAUUUAUUAAAUUUUGCAAACUUUUGUAAAUUGAAUUCUGCAAUCUUUUGUAAAUAAAAUAUAUAUUUCAAAUAA